AUGAAGCUCACCGUUUUCGCCCUAAUCGCUUUGUUCACCAUCGCCUUACCUACCGUUUCAUCGCUGGACAUUAUUUGUGGCAUGUGCAAGAGUGUAGCUGGCACUGUCCUAGCAGUGGUCGAAAAAGGAGGAAACGCGGUUGAGGCAAUCAACGAUAAGUGCACAAAAAGCGCUCCAGCUUUUAUGACUUCCAUGUGCGAACUCAUUUUUGGCAAAGUUGAAAGAUUCAAAGGAAGGGCUCAAAGCAUCACACCUGAACAAGCUUGUGCGAAGUUCAGAGCUUGUUCGAUGACGGAAGAGACGAAACAGAGCCAGCCGGAGUCAGUGGUGGCGGGGAAUGUCCAGUAUUCGAAAGUCCUACAGCCAGAAAGUUCGGAAGAAAAGCAAGAUCCACAUGAUCCACAGGAUUACUAG